AUGCCUGCUUCCAUCGACGUCCAGAAAGAGACGAUUAGCAAAUUUUUGGCAGCAUGGGAGAGUGGAAAAGCGCAGGAUACCAUAGAUCUCUGGGCAGAUGACUUUGAGCAGCGUCUACUGCCUCUGUCGCUGCAGCAGCCAGUGCGAACACGUGCCCAUGCUCAGUUUAUCUAUCCUAAGCUCGUGGAAAACCUGAAAAAUUGGAAGUUGAACAUCAAGAAUAUCGUUCACGACGCGGCCAACGGUACGGCCGCUGUAUAUGCAACGUCCUCUGCAGAUACGCCCGUUCCUGAGGAGAAAUGGACAAACGAAUAUGCCAUUUUCGUAUGGCUGACUGAAGAUGGAAUGAAGGUUAAAAGGUUGGAGGAAAUGGUAGAUUCUGCGUUCUACCAGCACUUCUUUCCGAAAUUUCAGAAUUACCUGGUGGAACAAGGACUUCUCCAGUAG